ACCACAGCCCUGAAACAGGGUUGUGCCAUAACUUUAGAAGAAAGGGCAGGUCCCUUUAUCUUAUCCACAAAAACUAACAACUACCCACAAACAGUUCUGUCAGUGCAUGCUGUGCACUUGGUAAAUUACUGUCUGGAAAACAGUGAAACUUAUAUUUCUGCAAGUAAACCACAGAUCAGGAGAAAAGCGAAGGCUGAAGGGACCAGAAGACACAGAUGAUGAUUUAGUAUGUGAGGAGCCUGAAGUUUUAGAGGAGGAAAGACCUCGUCCACAGGGUUCCUCUCCUGUUGAGGAAUUCGCCACCACAGAGAAAUACGCAAAACAGGCUGAAGGUGACUUCUAUGACUCACCCACCAAGAGUUCCAAGAAAAGCAAAAGGAUUGGUUUCGGCUCGCUGUUUGACAAGCGUUCCUCUGCCAAGAUGAAUCAAACAGAGGAUACACAAAGUGAUCAGUCAGAAAUAAUAGUGAAAACUGUAAAAGAAGUCUGUGCUGAGGGUUUGGUGGUGAGUGGAGGAAAGGAUGGCAUCUUCAUCAAGGAAGUAAAACCAGAGUCACCUGCCUCAAAGCUAAGUGUGAAAGAAGGUGAUCAAAUACUCAGUGCUACAGUAUACUUUGAUAAUGUGUCAUAUGAAGACGCCCUCCAGAUUCUUGAGCAUGCUCAACCAUAUAAAAUGGCAUUCUGUUUAAAACGCAAACCACCUCCAAGAACCCAGGAAGAUGCUGAGGCAGAGAGGCCAGAUACAACCAUUGGCGAGGAGGCUGAGCAAGUAGAGGAAGGUAGCGGACCAGAGAUGAGAGGUCGAAGAAAGACAAAAAAGCAACAUGAUCGCAUCUCUUUGCCCAAAUUCCCUACCUUUAGCAGAGGUCGCAGGGGGAAUUUUAAAAGAUCUCACAGCACGUCAGAAGCAGAGGAACAGAGAAAAUUAGAGAUAAGUCCGCCAACAAGUGACACAGAGUCUCCUCUUAAGUCUCCAUUAAAAUCCCCAGAUGGAAAAGACAAGAAAAAGAAACAUAAAAUGAAACCUAAGAAGCGUAUGGCAGGCCGCAGGAGCAAAUCUGUUGAAGAAACCCAAGAAAACGAAGAGGCACUUGCAACAGACAAUAUGGAGGUCUUGGACAAUGAAAUUAUUAUGAAUAUAGUUGAAGAGAAAGUGCCAAUGAAUAAUGUGAUAGAGAGUCCUAAAAUAUUGAAUGUAGCUGAAAAUACUGACUCAAAUAAAACAGGAAAUGAAUAUACAUUCCUGACUUUGCCAGCGACUGAAUCACUGCAUAAGGUUGAGCUCAUCAGUGUGGACACCACAUUAAAGACUACUGAUAUUACAGUCGCUCUUGGAGAUAAUGGCAAAGAAAGGAGAGAGAAAUCAGAACUGAGGGAUAGCAUUCCAGGAAAGGAUAAAUAUGAAAUAGAAACAGAGAGCCAAUUAAAAUCCUCCACAAGUGGAAUGAGAACUUUGGAUCCAUCAACAUUCAACAAUAUUUAAGACAGUCCUAAUGUAAUAUCACACACGGAACCAGUUGGACAUCAAGUGGAUUCCGAUAGCAAACCAAUAAAUCAAGACAUAUUAGAAAAGACCCAAGAGUCGGGAAAAACAGACAUGACUAUUCCUAAAGUUGAUGUUUCUCUUGACAUGCCAGAGGUAGGACCAAUAAGCAAAACACCAAUAACUGGCAGUGACAAGGAAAAAAAAGAAAGAAACAUUCUAGAAACUGAAAGUUAUGGGAUUCGAACCAGAGGACCAUUGGCAGACAUAGCCACAUCAAAGAGUAAUUUUUCAAAUGCAGUAAACAAAAUAGAUUUUACAUCAGACACUUUCACUUUUGAGAUUCAAACAAGAGAGGAUAGGCCCUCAACAGACACAAAGAAACCAAUAACUCCAACUCCUGUUAUAUCCCAGCCAAAAUCACAUGUUCUGGAUGUGGACAAAAGCACGAAGAGCACUGGAGGUAGCACAGAUAUUGAAUCAAAUUUUAAACUGCCUAAAGUGGAUGUCUCUGAACUAGACCACCAAGAAUCAAUAACUGUAAGACAGAAAGACUCAACCAAAGUGCCUCUUCUGAAACGAGAGGAAAUUGAAAUUCCUGGCAUGGAGGGCAUAGGAGCAAAAGCCAAGGUUAAGUCUCCUAGAAUUAAAGAACAAAAAGUUGAGAAUAUAAUUAAAAUCUCAAAAGCAGGAAAAAAGCAAGCUCAGGUGGAAGCAGAAGAGUUUAAUGUUGAGGAUGUAAAGGAUGCAGUAUCAAAAUUCCCUGCCUUUAAAUUACCUGAGAGAGACAUUACUGGAGUCCUUGUACAGAGAGAGGUCACAAUCAUGGAAAUUAAGUCAGACAAGACUGGCAUGUCACCUAAAGGAUCCCCUUGUAAAAUUUCGAGCAUGAGCACAGAAAUAAACAUUAAGUUACCUGACACAAUGGAUAAAGAAAAACAGAGACUUUCUCCUGUUGCUACAAAAGAUCAAGCCUUUGUAUUACCAAAAAUUGAACAAAUGCAUUUUGAUGAAACGGUUGUAAUCAAGAGCAAAACAGACCUAUCAAAAAUGAAACUUGCUGACCACCAACCCAAAACUGGCAAAAUGUUAGCAAGGGAUGAUAAGCCAAGUACAUCUCCAGGUGUAAAUUUCAAACUUCCAAAGCGUGAAGACAUUGAAAUACCAGGAAUGGAAGCCAUUGAACAAUCAGUUCAACCAACAAAAAUCAUAAUAGCCAAAGAUACAAACAUUCAAGAUGAGGCUUUGAAAGACUAUACUGACGCAAAUAUCAAAGCUGACAAAAUUGUGCAUGAAAAGAAAUCAAAGUUAUCAAUGCCAAUUUCUGAAAUCAUGACACCUGACAUUCACUUGCCAGGUAUUGCGAUUGAAUUACCAAUAAAGGACACGUCACCUAAAAGUGAUAGUGGCACAAUCAAGGAGAGGACAACUGAGGCAAAAAUAUCUCUUGAUGAAGACAAUAUCAAAAAGACAGAAGAAGAUGGCCUGUUACCAGAUGAAUCUGAAAAAUCCAUCAUCAAGGUUAGUGGAAAAACUGAAGUGGAGCCAUCUGAACUUCCACAAGCUGAAAUAAAAGAAGCAGAGUCUAAAAUUAAGAAAAGGAAAAUAUUUUUCCCCAAAUUUGGAUUCUCUAAAUCAGAAGUAUCUGAUGCUAACAUAACUCUCCCAGCCGAACAGGGCUCUUUACAUGAUGCAGAUGGGACAGAAUUAUAUGUUGAAAGUAAGACCACAGAUGUAGAGGCUGAGUUCAAGGAUUCUACAGAUUCUCCCACAAAAUUUAAACUUCCUAUAAUUAAAUUUCCAAGAUUUGGAGUCUCAUUUCCCAAGACAACUGAUGCUGAGGGUGAUAUUCAAAUGCCUGAUGUCAGCACAGAUGAAGCUAAACUACCUGUAGAAGCAAAAGCACUUUCUGGCAAGAAAGGCAUGGAAAUGACUCUUAGUGUAUCCAAACCUGAAGUUGACUUGUCUCUGCCUGAGGGAAAGGCAGAUAUCAUGAAACUAAAAGGUGAUGCACCAAUAGGUUAUAUCAAGGAUUCUUUUGAGACAACGGAAGGUCAAUUUGUUAGUGUAGAUAUGAAGGUUGAAGAAACUCAGCUCAAAGAACAAGAGUUUACUGUUACACUGCCUAAAUUUGGCCUUAUCCUCCCAAAGGUUGAAGCCCACAAGCUAAAUGAUAGUGUGGAAAAAGAAGAAUUGACUAUAGACCCCAGAGAAUCAAAUCCAAAGUCUGAUCAGGAUGAGAAAGAUCCAAGAUCUCCAACAAAAAUUAAACGUCCUAAAAUUAAAUUUCCAAAAGUUGGUGUCUCAUUUCCCAAAUCAACAGAUGCAGUUUCUGACAAUCAAAUUCCUGAAGCCAUCAAUGAUGAGCCUACCAUGGAAAUUAAAGCUCUAGAAACAGAGCUGCCUACAGAGCUGUCAUCAUUACCUGGAAUGAAAACCCCACAUAUUAUUCUCAGUCUUGCCAAACCCAAAGUUGAUGCAGCUACCCUAGAGGUGGAAAAGGCUAUUGAUGAACACUCUGACAAGAAAAAAGAAAAGGUAUUGUCUCCAGAUUAUGUAUUUUCUAAACCAGAGGUUAAGAUGAGCCUUGUAGGCCAUGAUCUUGAACAAGAGACGACUAUAGAAGAUUUGGAAGUGCAAGCCAGUAAUCUUGAGGAAGAAGUCAACCUUUCUUCAGGUUCAGUAGAUGAAGUCAGCAUGGAUGCUAAAGAAAAGGAGAGUGAAUUCAAACUUAAAAAACGUAAAAUAUAUUUUCCGAAAUUUGGCUUUUACAAAUCUGACACUAAGAUCCCUGAUGCUGACACCAGUCUUCAAAAAGAAGGAAUAUCUGUGCCUGACACUGUGAUCAAAGAGACUGAAAUGACUUCUCCUGCUCCAGAGGUUGAAGUCCAGUUGAAAAACAAAAGUACUUCUGGUUCUACAUCUAAAUUCAAGAUUCCAACAAUGCAUCUCCCUAAAUCUGAUAUUUCCAUUUCAAUGACUGGGGAAGAAUCUGUUGCAAAAGAUGAGGUAUCCAAACCUGAAGUUGACUUGUCUCUGCCCGAGGGAAAGACAGAUAUCAAAAAUGUUCAGAAAAAAGAAAUAAAAUCAUCUGAAGACAUGUCAUUUACUAAACCAGAUAUUGAUGCUAGCCUGACUGGCCAUGAUACUGAAGAAAUUCCAGCUGUUGCAUUUUCAAAACCAAGGUCAGAGCAUGAAUUUCAUGAACAAGUCAUUAAAGCUCCAGAGAUUAAUAUUGAGAGGGGUGAUACAUCUAUGGAAGUAGGUGAAGUGGAUGUGAAUCUUGAGUCCAUUCAGACAACAGAGAUGUUAAAAGAUGAUCCAACCAUGGGAGGGUCACAGAUCAAAUUCAAACUUCCUACUUUCAAAUUACCCAAAUUCAGAAGUUCAUCUACCAAAGAAAAAGCUGAAAUAAUGGAUUUGAGGGGUGAGGAAAUUACUUUGGAGACUGAAGAUUUAAUCACAAUAGUAGAACCAUCAGAUGUCAAAAUUGACUCUAAUGUGCCCAGUCAAGAGCUGAAGAAACUCGCAAUCAGUGCUGAUCAGACAAAGGUAGAUAGUGGAGAUCAAUAUACCCUGUCACUUACAGAGGCCAGUGUAUCAAAGGCAAAAGGCUAUAUUUCUUCACCAGAGGCAAAACUUGGGGAACCGUCAACUAAAGCAGAAGUAUCACAAGCCACUUUAGAAAGUAAAAUUGAUCAAGAAGUUGAUUUAAAAAACACAGGUAUGAAAAUGAAAAGGCCAGGCUUUUCACUUCCUAAAUUUGGAUUUUCUAAACCAGAUAUCAAGGCCCCAGAGACUGAUGUCAGUCUUGCACAAGUUGAUAUCUCCAAACCAGAAAGUGAUCUGAAAAUCGAAGAACAAAUUAUGAAUAUCACAGUGUCAAAUGUUGAGGAUGAUCAAAAAGAUACAACAGCGAUCGGUGCCACAGCAAAAUUUCAACUCCCCUCAAUUAACAUCCCAAAGAUUGGAGGACAAGCUAUGAAGGAAGAGAAAACUAUUCCAAUUGUAGAUAUAGCUAUUAAAGGACCUGAAGUGACUGGUCCAGGUACACAAAUAAAAAUAUCAAGUGAAUCCCCAUCAGUAGAUAUUAAGGGACCUCAUCUAGCCACAGAGGGUCAAUCUGUAAGUGUUGAUUUAAAUGUUGAAGAUGCUGAACUUGGAAAACAGGGGGGAAAGUUUAAGAUGCCAAAGUUCGGUGUUGGCCUUCCUAAAGUAAAAGGGUUUGAUUUAAAUACAUCCAAGAAAGAAAUUCAUAUAGAAAAGCCAGAGAUAACAUCUAAGGGGAUGGUUCAGCCACCAGAAUCAGAAUGUCUAGAUGUGCAGAUGAAGACAUCACCUGAAUUUGGGUAUUCAAAACCAGAAGUAAAAGCCCAUGAAGUUGAUAUAAGUAUUCAAAAAACAGAUAUCCCCACAGAAGGCAGUAUGGACCUAGAAGAAGCAAACGUGGAUAUUAAAGUGUCAAAGAUGGAAUCUGACCAAAAGGGUUCAACAAUUUUUGGAUCUCCAACAAAGUUUAAACUCCCAUCAAUAAGCAUCCCGAAAUUUGGUGUUAAAUCACAAAAAGUAGCAUUAGACAUUAAUGUGGCAGAUUCAGAGCUAGAGGGAACAUAUAUGAAAACAGAUAUUUCUAAACCUGAUGUGAAAUCAGAAGUACAGCCACCCAAAACUGAAGCUAAAGUUAAAGGGAGUGCAGAUAUGCCUGAGGCUGAUUCCAAAGGAGUGCAAGUAAAAGUGAAGAGACCAAGCUUUUCAUUCCCCAAGUUUGGGUUUUCUAAACCAGACACAGCAAAUCCAGAAGUUAAUAUCAGUAUACCAAAGGCUGAAGUAUCCAUACCAGAGGUCAAUGUACCUGAUAAAGAACAAACACUUCCAGGAGGAGAGGCUGAACAUAAAGAUGUAAUUAUUGUUAGUUCCCCAAACACGAAACUGACAGAAGUUAACCUGCCAAUAUUUGGAGUCAAAACUUCAAAAGGUACAGUAAAUUUACCAUCAGCAGAUAAGGACAUCAAGGUGUCAUGUCAAAUUCAAAAAGCUGACUUAGAUGUAAAAGAAAUAGAGACCGAUAUACAUGCCACAAAAGGAGAAACUGAUGUUCAUCUAGCAGAAGAAAAAGUAAUACUACCUAAACCUGAUGUUGACGUUCAAGACAUAUCCAUUGAAGGUAAAGCAGAUAUGCCUGAAGUUGACUUGAAAGGGCAUGAUGUGAAAGUAAAGAAGCCAGGCUUUUCACUACCAAAAUUAGCUUUUUCAAAGACAGAAAUUAAGGAGAAAGAUGUUGAUGCCAGUCAACUAAAGGCAGAUAUAUAUAUGCAAGAGCACAUCAUACCUGUUGUAGACAAAGAUGCAGAAAUCACCAUCACAGAAGAAGUGAAAUUACAAGGAGAUACAACAACUCAGACAAAAUUUAAGCUGCCUUCAAUCAACUUUCCAAAGUUUGGACUCAAAUAUCCAAAAGCUACAGCUGAUAUUCCAGCAGCUGAAGUAGAUAUCAAAGAACCUGAAAUUAGUUUCCCAGAAAAAGGAGAGGUGCAAACCACUGACACAGAAACAACCAUAGAUAUUAAAGGGUCUUCUGUUGAUGUGGACAUUAAGGUCAAUGAGAUUGAUGAUAACGGGAUGGGGAGUAAGUUCAAAUUGCCAAAAUUUGGAAUUGGCAUGACAAAAGUAAAGGGAAUAGAGAUGGAGGGUAAAGAAAUAAACAUAGAGACUGGCCUGAUACAUGAAGAAAAUCAAAUUGUACAACAGCCUGUUGUUGAAAUUCAAAAUUUGAAAAUUGAGGGGAAAACAGAUAAAGUUGAUGUUGACUACAAAGUGAAACUUCCGGAAUUGGGAUUUUCAAAACCAGACCUUAAGGCUCCUGAAGUUGAUGUGAGUUUAUCCAAAGCUGACAUGGGCACAUCAGUGGGAAAUGUUGAUGUUUCAAAGCAAUCUGCAGAUAUUAAGGUACCAGAACAAGAUCCUUAUUUGAAAGAGGACACUUUUGCCUCUACAACCAGAUUUAAACUUCCAACAAUCAGUUUCCCAAAAUUUGGAACCAAAGCAUCAAAGGAUAAAGUGUAUAUACCUACGGCACAUGUGGACAUCAAAGUUCCUGAAGUAAGCCUUCCAGAUAAGAACAUGUCAGGAGAAGUGUCAAAUGUUGAAAUGACAGGGCCAACAAUAGAAGAUCCAUCCAUUGACAUUAAGGGAGAUGAUAAAAAGCAACAAGAGGUCAAAUUUAAGCUUCCAAAAUUUGGGAUUGCUCUUCCAACAAUUAAAGCUCCAGACAGUGACCAAGGGCUUAAGAAAGCUCAGAGUGAAACGAAAUUGAAAAUGUCAGGGGAUGUACUAUCUAUAGACAAGGAAGAGCUAAUGUUACCCAAAGGACCAGUGGAAGUGGAUGUGGAGGCUAAAGGUGGUGAACUUGAAGUAGAAGAAAGUAAAAUCAAACUACCACAGUUUGAAAUUUCUCUACAAGCAUCGAAAAGUCCAGAAUUUGAUAUUAGUGUUUCAAAAGCAGAGGUUUCUAAAUAUGAGGUAAGAGAAGCUGGUACAGAAAAAGAUGUUCUGGUUGAGGAACCAACAGAUUUAACUGAAAUUAGUUCUAAGGGACUUAGUGUAAAAAUGAAGAAACCAAGCUUUGGAUUUCCAUAUUUUGGAUUUUCAAAAUCCGAUGGCAAGGCCCAAGAUAUUCAAGCCAGUGAAAUGACAGCAAAUAUAUCUUUGCCAGGGGGCAAUACAGAAAUAGGAGAAAGUGAAAAAGAAGGCAAAACCGAAAUAACAGAUCCCAAAUUUGGCUCGCCAACAAAAUUUAAACUCCCAACAAUAAAAUUACCCAAAUUUGGACUCUCCACUCCAAAGGUCCCUAGUGAUACAACAAAGGCUGAUUCUGAAACCAAGGAAAUUAAAGUAAGUUCUGUGGAUUAUGAGAUAGAGACUUCAAAGGUGGAUCCAUCAGGUCACAUCGAAGGCAAAACUGCAGAGACUGAAACCCCAUCUAUUGAUAUUAAUACAAAAGAAAAAGAGGUUAAUCAAGAGGGACAGGAAAUUAUAUUUAAACGUCCAAAAUUUGGGAUUUUGUUGCCGAAAGUAAAAGUUCCUGAGAUGACAGUAACUGCAAAAGAGGUAAAGACAGAAACACCUGAAAUUGGGAUCACUGAACCAGAAAUAAAGAUGCAAGCAGAAGAUGCAAUUCUCCCAAAAGUAGACAUGGCUCUAGAAGAAAGUUCCAGUCUUGAAAAAAAAGAGGUAGAGACUGAGUUGAAAGAUGAUACAGUUGUUUCAGGUUCUCCAAGUAAAUUCAAAUUGCCUACUUUUAAAAUGCCAAAAUUUGGAAUUUCAACUCAAAAAGCAUCUGAUGGAAAAUUAAAAGAAGCAGAAGUAGAUGAACCAGAUAGUAACACUGACUUAAAUAUUGAAGACAAGAGUGUACAAGUGUCUAAAGAAUUACAAAGAGAGAGUGAAAUUAAAGAAACCACUGAACAGCUUCCAGACACUGCUACUAAAAAACUGGAUGGGGACAAAGGCUCCCCAAGUAAAUUCAAGCUUCCUACAAUAAAAAUGCCAAAUGUCAGCAUUUCAAGAACAAAAUCUCAGGAAGGAGAAGAUGACACAACUACCAAAGCGAAUGCUCCAGAUGCUAAAACAGAAACCAAAGAUGAUACACAACCUGGAAAAUCACCCAAAUUUACAAUGCCUACACUUGAGGAUGUCCUCAGGGGCUUUGAGGUUGAAUUUAAUGUGCCAACAAUAGAGGAAAUGGAAGCACAAAAGGACGGUUUAUCUGUUAAGCAAGAUCAGGAGGCUGAAGCCAAAGCUGAGGAAACAGCAGAGUAUAAAGACAAAGGAGCUCAAGAGAAAUCAAAGUUUACAUUUAAAUUUCCAAAAUUAGGAUUCAGCCAGUCUUCAGAUGAAAGCGAUAAGUUGGUUGAUGUUAAGAUUGAAGAAAGUGAAAAGCAUUUGGAGGCUUCAGCAGAUCAGAAAGCAACUGCUAGCAAAGAACAAAUAAAAACAGAGCAAUGGGGCUGGUUCAAAUUCUUAUUUUCUUCUCCAACCAAAACAUCAAAAACAGAUGUGAAAGAAAUAAUCAAACCGCCUGAAGAGGCUGAGAAGCUUGAUGAUGUUGAGAAAGAAUUAAGCAAGGCACACAAGGAACCUGAGAAGAUUUCACUCAAUGAGGCUGUGGAGGAAAACCUCAGCCCACCACUCUCACUGAAGUCAUCUGAAGCUUUUGCAGAUAUAAGUUCAGUAACCACUGAGCAGAUUGGCCUGUCACAGACCUCACCUACAAAGGUUAAAGUGAGAUAUGCUGAACCCACUGUCACUGUUGGGGUCAAUAAUGUACAAAAUGAUGUUGUGACUUCCACAGCCAGAUGUAAACUGAUAUCAAUGGAGCCUCACCAGCCAGAGAAAGUCAACAUCCCUUUCUUAUCGGAUAUGUGCUCAGCCUCAGCCGACACCCUGAAACAGAUGUCAGGGGAAAUUCAUGUCAUCACAUCGAACAUACAAGCUAUACCAGAAACCCAGCAAGCCUCAAUCCUUACUAAUUUAGAUGCCUGUGGAUUUAACACCUCGCCUUUACAAGUAACACUAGGCUCAGAUUCAGUUUUGACAGUGGAGGAAACCAGAGAACAAAGUGGGACACCCACAUUGGUGGAAAGGCAUGUUGUGAAAGAGACUCUACAUGAUGACAAAGAGACAAAACUUGUGAUACAGAGAACAUGUUUAUUUGAAGGAGACUCUGCAGAACCCAUUUCUGAUGAGACGGCUUCUUCAAUUUGCAGGCUUAGAGACACGGUACACACCGAAAAAAUUAGUUAUUUUGACAGUGCAGCAACAAUUGAAGAGGUCACAAUAGUGAGCUCUGAAACAUCUCUAAGACAUAUGGAAUCCUCUACCGAUGAUAAUGGGGGGAAAUGAACAUGAGAUAUGGCUGGGUUGAUUUUAUGCUUUUGAAUGUAUGUUUCAGUGUUCUAUAUUGUCAUGUAAGCCAGCUGAAUUGUAACACUACUAUGCAACAAUGCUGAUACUUAUGAACACAUACUUAUGAGUAUUGUUUAGCUAACAGAAAUUUUAUGCUUAAUAGCCUUUAAAAAACUAUAUCCACUGGAAAAAUUAUGUAUGUACAUGGAAUAAUAGAAAAACAAAUAUAUUAUAAUUUAUGUGCGGGUUGUCAGUGUGCUUUAUUGUAAAUCUGUCAUCAUGGGACUUGGAGAUCACCCAAUCACCAAUUAAACAGAUAUAUUCAUAUAAAAUUAAUUUCAAAGUUGAUGUGGCAGUAUAACUUUUUGUGGCAUUUGUUUCUUUAAAGUUAUUUUGUGAAAACUGUGUAAUUGCAGUUAUAAUUCUUUGUUUCUGCAGCCUUGAGAAAGAAUAAAAUCAUUAGGUAAAUGUGUUUUAUUCACCACAAAGCAUUUGCACCUAUGGUAUGAUGGAAUCAAUGGAAUUUGCAAAAUACCCAAUGCAUAUUUUCAAACACAAAUCAUUUUCUUAAUAAGCAAUGACUUUUCUUUUAACAUACAUAGUCAAAAUAAUACAUUUUGAUGUUGUAAGAUAAAUACUUUAAUUGUUUUUUUGCAAAAUAAAUAAAUAAGU